AGGAGAAGCAAAGCCCCAAAUUAUAUGAACUUGUGCGUAGCGGGACAAUAAAUUUUCAGUCCCGCCAAAAAUCCAAAAUCCUUUUUUCUUUCUUCUUUGUUAUAAAUAAAUCCCUGUCGCACGAAUUCCUUUCUUCCCUCUUUCAUUCAAUUUAUUCACACAAAAAUAAAUCCUAAUCAUAAUUUCUCUGUUUUUCGCCGCCGUCAUAUCAUUAUAAAAGUUAAUUGAUUAGGGCAAACAACAACAACAACAACAACAACAACAACAACAAUAAUAAUAAUAAUAAUAAGAAGAAGAAUGAGUGCUGUAAAUCUAACAAAUGUUAGCGUCUUAAACAAUCCAGCCCCUUUUCUUACUCCCUUUCAGUUUGAAGUCUCCUACGAGUGUUUGCUUUCUCUUAAAGACGAUUUGGAAUGGAAACUAACUUAUGUGGGAUCUGCCGAGGAUGAGACCUAUGAUCAAGUUCUUGAAAGUGUGCUAGUUGGUCCCAUUAAUGUCGGCAACUAUCGUUUUGUCUUUGAGGCUGAUCCUCCAGAUACUUCAAAAAUCCGUGAAGAGGACAUAAUUGGAGUUACAGUUCUACUGUUGACAUGUUCAUAUAUGGGACAAGAAUUUGUUCGUGUAGGAUAUUAUGUAAACAAUGAUUAUGAAGAUGAGCAUUUGAGAGAGGAGCCUCCACAAAAAGUACUGAUAGAUAAAGUUCAAAGAAAUAUUUUGGCUGAUAAACCUAGAGUCACAAAAUUUCCUAUAAAUUUUCACCCUGAGAAUAAUAUUGAACAAUCAGAACAGCCCAAUCAUUCAUCUGAAAUUCCACCCGAGGAAGAACCUGAGCCUCUGAAUGGUGAAGAAGUGAUUCCUGCAGAGCAAACCAAAAGUGAUCAUGGAGAACAAGCACCCUCAUGACCGGAUCAUGUGCCUGCAUUGGUGUCUACUUAAACAUCCAGUUAUUGCUUCUGGUUCAAGAUUGAUGCUCAAGUUUUAAUUGCAUUUUCUUUUCAGGAACAAAAUGUGUUAUGGUUAUUUAUGAUGAAAUCAUAUAGCUUAACUUUUACAUCUACAAUAUGAUGGUAUUUGUUGGCUUUUGCAUGUCUUUGUUUGUCACAUAUGUACUAAAAGUUUACCUUGUAUUAUCAGCUAAAUUUGUGCUUUAA